UGACGUUAUACAGUGAUUUUUGGUGUGAAUAUAUCCCUCUCUUCCGGUAAGACGACAAGCAGGCUGUAGCGUAGGAUCCAGAGUGCCGUACAUAUUUACUCGAUUGAACAAAACAUAAAAAUGGCAGUCGGUGAUCUCAAAACUGAAAAAGGCGUCAAGGAUCUUAACGCUUAUCUCGCCGACAGAAGUUAUAUCGAGGGAUACCAAGCUUCUCAAGCCGAUGUUGCAGUUUUCGAAGCUCUUGGAAAGGCGCCAACUGCAGCUAACGCUCAUGUGCUCAGAUGGUACAAUCACAUCAAGUCGCACGAUCUGAAAAAGUUGCCCGGUGAGAAGAAAGCCCCUGCUAUAUUCACAGCCAGCAAAGCUGCAGCUACUACAAAAGCUGAGGAGGAAGAUGACGUCGAUCUGUUUGGAUCGGACGAAGAGGAAGAUGCGGAAGCAGCAAAAAUCCGAGAAGAAAGACUAAAAGCGUAUGCUGAGAAAAAAUCUAAGAAACCAACUCUUAUAGCUAAAUCCAGCAUCGUCAUUGAUGUCAAGCCAUGGGACGACGAAACAGACAUGGGAGAAAUGGAAACAGCUGUCAGAUCGAUCGUCAUGGAUGGUCUGGUUUGGGGAGCUUCAAAACUCGUACCCGUCGGUUAUGGAAUCAACAAACUGCAGAUAAUGUGUGUGGUCGAAGAUGACAAAGUUUCCGUAGAUUUACUGACUGAGAAGAUCCAAGAUUUCGAGGAUCUCGUACAGUCGGUUGACAUCGCAGCCUUCAACAAGAUUUAAAUAAGUCUCUCGUCUUUUACUAUCGAAUUAAUAAAUAUAAAUUGUUUGUAACGCUAA